AUGGUGCUGGUGGGGAUCCCGUGGGUGUUCUGGAUCACGACGUGCCUGUGGAGGGCGGCUUCCGCGAGGGCAGCCGCUCGAGAUGGCGGCGCCGACUGGGCACCGGGGAGGCCCGCCGCACCGGUCACCCGCGUCGCGGGCGGCGCCGCCCUCGAGGAGUCCGCGGUUGAAUCUCCCGGUGGGCUGCGGAGGGUGCGGUUUAGCGCCGCCACCCUGAUGGGUGAUCCUCUGGCCGGUGGGUGCUCUUCGGACACAUCUGAGGGGGACGUGGUGGCGGCUUCUGCGCACCCACCAGCUCCCAACCGGCCGCGCGCAGCCGGCCACGAGGGUUCAUCACUUAGUUCUCCUGACAGCAAAUCACCUCCAUUCACAACUUAG